AUGGCAGAACAGCACACAAACGGCACUGUGCCAAUAAUGUCCUCGAGCAAUGGAACAGGUAGCUCAUACGCAGCUCGCCAUAACAUUGCGGAUCACUUCAUCGGUGGAAAUAAGUUGGAGAAUGCUCCACCAAGUAAAGUUAAGGAUUUCGUGGCAGCUUCGGAUGGUCAUACGGUCAUUACAAAUGUUCUAAUAGCAAAUAACGGAAUUGCAGCCGUGAAGGAAAUUCGAUCGGUACGCAAAUGGGCCUACGAAACUUUUGGAGAUGAAAAGGCUAUUCAAUUCACGGUUAUGGCCACCCCGGAGGAUCUCCAAGCCAAUGCGGAUUACAUUCGUAUGGCAGAUCAAUAUGUUGAAGUUCCGGGUGGGACGAAUAACAACAAUUAUGCCAACGUGGAAUUGAUUGUUGAUGUGGCCGAGAGAAUGAAUGUUCACGCUGUAUGGGCUGGAUGGGGUCAUGCAUCAGAGAAUCCAAAACUUCCGGAAUCCUUAGCUGCGAGUCCGAAAAAGAUUGUGUUUAUUGGUCCUCCAGGUUCGGCCAUGCGAUCGCUCGGUGACAAGAUCUCCUCCACAAUCGUCGCACAACACGCCAAGGUCCCUUGUAUACCUUGGUCAGGAACCGGUGUUGAUACCGUGAAAGUCAACGAUGAGGGUAUUGUUACCGUUGAGGACGAGGUGUACAUGAAGGGAUGCGUGCAAUCGUGGGAAGAAGGUCUACAAAAGGCUCACGAGAUUGGAUUCCCCAUUAUGAUCAAGGCAUCCGAAGGUGGUGGAGGAAAGGGUAUUCGAAAAGCCGAAUCCGAAGUAGGUUUCGAGGCCCUUUACAAAGCUGCCGCCAGCGAAAUUCCUGGUUCUCCUAUCUUCAUCAUGAAGUUGGCCGGCAAUGCCAGACAUUUGGAGGUUCAAUUGUUGGCUGAUGAGUAUGGUAACAAUAUUUCUCUGUUUGGCAGAGAUUGUUCCGUGCAAAGAAGACAUCAAAAGAUUAUCGAGGAAGCUCCAGUUACUGUCGCCAAACAAGCCACCUUCCAGGCUAUGGAGAAGGCAGCUGUUCGUCUUGGUGCUCUCGUAGGAUACGUUUCUGCAGGUACUGUUGAAUACCUCUAUUCACACUCGGACGACAAAUUCUACUUCUUGGAAUUGAACCCAAGAUUGCAAGUCGAACAUCCUACAACUGAGAUGGUCAGUGGCGUUAAUUUGCCUGCAGCUCAACUUCAAAUUGCCAUGGGUCUUCCUUUGCACAGGAUUCGAGAUAUUAGAUUACUGUAUGGGGUUGAUCCUUCGACUACCACAGAAAUCGAUUUCCAUUUCACUCAAGAGAAGAGCAUUCAAACUCAAAGACGUCCAACGCCAAAGGGACACACCACCGCUUGUCGUAUUACCUCUGAAGAUCCAGGUGAGGGUUUCAAGCCUUCGAGUGGUACAAUGCACGAGUUGAACUUCAGGAGUAGUUCCAAUGUCUGGGGUUAUUUCUCUGUUGGUACAGCUGGUGGUAUUCACAGUUUCUCCGAUUCUCAAUUCGGUCACAUUUUCGCCUAUGGUGAGAAUCGAUCUGCAUCGCGGAAACAUAUGGUUGUUGCUUUGAAGGAAUUGAGUAUUCGUGGUGAUUUCAGAACUACCGUCGAAUAUUUGAUUAAACUUUUGGAAACUCCUGCUUUCGAAGAUAACACCAUUACCACUGGAUGGCUUGAUGAACUUAUCUCUAAUAAAUUGACAGCUGAGCGACCAGAUCCUAUGCUUGCGGUUGUGUGCGGUGCUGUCACCAAGGCCCAUAUCGCCAGCGAGGCUUGUAUUGCUGAAUACAGGACUUCCUUGGAGAAAGGGCAAGUUCCUUCGAGGGAUAUUCUCAAAACCGUUUUCCCAAUUGACUUUAUCUACGAUGGCCACCGAUACAAGUUCACUGCUACCCGAUCCAGCUUAGACAGCUACCACCUUUUCAUCAAUGGAUCCAAAUGUUCGGUUGCUGUUCGUGCUCUGAGUGAUGGUGGUCUCCUUGUUCUUCUCAGUGGACGAUCUCACAAUGUUUACUGGAAGGAAGAAGUUGGUGCUACUCGUUUGAGUGUUGAUAGCAAAACUUGUUUACUUGAGCAGGAGAAUGACCCCACACAACUCCGAACUCCAUCUCCAGGAAAGCUCGUCAAAUUCACUGUUGAGAAUGGAGAGCACAUCAAGGCCGGUCAAGCAUUCGCUGAAGUCGAAGUCAUGAAGAUGUACAUGCCUCUUAUCGCUGCGGAAGAUGGUAUCGUACAACUCAUCAAGCAACCAGGAGCCACUCUUGAAGCUGGUGAUAUUCUUGGUAUACUUGCUUUGGAUGAUCCAUCGAGAGUUAAGAAUGCACAACCUUUCUUGGGACAUCUGCCAGAUCUUGGAGCACCACAAAUUGUGGGUACAAAGGCUGCUCAGCGUUUCGUACUCCUCCGUAACAUCCUCAAUAAUAUCCUUGAUGGUUUCGAUAAUCAAGUCAUCAUGAGCUCCACUCUGAAAGAAUUGAUUGAAGUUCUUAGAGAUCAAGAAUUGCCAUACGGUGAAUUCAAUGCUCAAUUCUCGGCUCUUCACGCAAGAAUGCCCCAAAAGUUGGAUGCUACUUUGACCCAGAUCCUUGACCGUGGUAAGUCUCGCAACUCAGAGUUUCCAGCCAAGAAUCUUUCAAAGUCACUUCAAAAGUUCUUGGAUGAGAAUGUUGCACCUGGCGAUGUUGAUCUCCUUACGGCUUCUCUCGCCCCAUUGAUUGAAAUUCUCAACCGAUAUCAAAAUGGACCAAAGGCUCAUGAAUUUGCCGUCUUCUCUGGUCUUCUCGAAAAAUAUGCCUCCGUGGAGCGUCUCUUCUCGGGUCGCACUUCUCGUGACGAGGAAGUCAUUCUUAAGCUCAGAGAUGAGAACAAGGAUGAUAUCCCCAAGGUUGUUCAAACUGUCUUGUCGCACAGUAGAGUCGGCGCAAAGAACAACUUGGUUCUCGCAAUUCUCGAAGAGUAUCGACCAAACAAGCCAAAUGCUGGUGAUGUUGCCAAACAUCUUAGAGCUUCUCUUCGAAGUCUUACCGAACUUGAGUCUCGUCAAACCGCCAAGGUUUCCUUGAAGGCACGCGAAAUCCUCAUCCAAUGCGCUCUUCCAUCUUUGGAGGAACGUGCAGCACAAAUGGAGCAUAUCCUUCGAUCUUCAGUUGUGGAAUCGAGAUAUGGCGAGACCGGAUGGGAGCACAGAGAACCAGAUAUUGAGGUUCUCAAGGAGGUCGUUGACUCGAAAUACACUGUCUUUGAUGUCUUGCCAAUUUUCUUCGGCCAUAGUGAUCCUUGGGUCUCUCUCGCUGCUCUUGAGGUUUACAUUCGUCGUGCCUACAGAGCCUACUCUCUCAAGAAGAUUGAGUAUCACAACGAGAGUGCCGAGCCCCCUUUUAUUGUCUCAUGGGACUUUGUUCUAAGGAAGGUUGGAGCUUCGGAAUUUGGCAUGCCAAUUCAAUCCUCUGCUCCCUCAACACCAGCCACUCCUUCAUAUGAAUCUGGCAACCCAUUCAAACGUAUCAGCUCUAUCAGUGAUAUGACGUACCUUACUAACAAACCUGAUCAUGAGCCAACUCGAAAGGGUGUCAUUGUUCCAUGUCAGUAUCUCGACGAGGCUGAAGAAUACUUACAACGAGCCCUUGAGGUCUUCCCACCUGCUGGUGGCAAGAAGAAGGGCAAUGCCUUCUUGCCAGAGCUUGGUGGCAAGCGCAAGAUUGCACCUCCACGCCUUGAUACCGAGGAUGAGCUAACCGCUGUCUGCAAUGUCGCUAUUCAAGAUUGCGAGAGUCUUGAUGAUAAUGAGACUGUCGCUAAGAUCAAGUUGAUCGUCAACGAUUACAAGGAGGAACUUCUCAACCGCCGCAUUCGUCGUCUUACAUUUAUUUGUGGUCACAAGGAUGGUUCGUAUCCUGGAUACUACACUUUCAGAGGCCCCAACUAUGAAGAAGAUGAGAGUAUUCGUCACAGUGAGCCCGCUUUAUCUUUCCAACUUGAACUUGGGAGACUCUCUAAAUUCAAGAUUACCCCUGUCUUUACCGAAAAUAGAAACAUCCACAUUUACGAAGCCGUUGGAAAGGAAGCUACGAGCGAUAAGAGAUAUUUCACUCGUGCCGUCGUUCGUCCUGGAAGACUUCGUGAUGAGAUUCCUACUGCUGAGUAUUUGAUCUCCGAGUCUGACAGAUUGAUGAAUGAUAUUUUGGACGCUCUUGAGAUUAUUGGAAACAAUAACUCUGAUCUCAACCAUAUCUUCAUCAACUUCUCACCAGUUUUCCCUCUUCAGCCUCCCGAGAUCGAACAAGCUCUCGGUGGUUUCUUGGAGCGUUUCGGUCGACGUCUCUGGAGACUUCGUGUUACUGGUGCCGAGAUCCGUAUUAUUUGCACGGACCCAGCUACUGGUAUGCCAUAUCCUGUUCGCGUUGUGAUCACCAAUACCUCUGGUUAUGUCAUCCAAGUCGAGAUGUACGCCGAGCGCAAAUCCGAGAAGGGUGGUGAUUGGGUCUUCCAGAGUAUCGGUGGCACUACCAAGAUUGGUUCCAUGCACUUGAGAGCAGUAUCUACUCCAUAUCCUACCAAGGAAUGGCUGCAACCAAAGAGAUACAAGGCUCAUCUUAUGGGUACCCAAUACGUCUACGAUUUCCCAGAGCUCUUCAGACAAGCUAUCCAGAACAGUUGGGUUAAGGCUGUUAGCAAGCACUCUUCUUUGGCUGAUAAACAACCUCCUACUGGUGAAUGUAUCGAGUAUAGUGAGCUUGUGUUGGAUGACAACGAUGGUCUUGCUGAAGUCUCGCGCGAACCAGGUACUAACACUCACGGCAUGGUUGGUUGGCUUGUAACUGCCAAGACCCCAGAAUACCCAAGAGGUCGAAAGUUCGUCAUCGUUGCCAACGAUAUUACCUUCAGAAUCGGUAGUUUCGGGCCAAAGGAAGAUCAAUUUUUCUUCAAGUGCACAGAACUCGCAAGAAAGAUGGGUAUUCCACGUAUCUACCUUUCUGCCAACUCUGGUGCUCGUAUUGGUAUGGCUGAAGAACUCAUGCCACAUUUCAAGGUUGCUUGGAAGGAUCCUGAGAAACAAGAAGCUGGAUUCAAAUAUCUUUACUUGGACACUGAUACCAAGAAGAGAUUUGAAGAUGGUAAGACCAAGGAUGUCAUUACUGAGGAACUUGUUGAGGAUGGUGAAACGAGACAUAGGAUCGUCACCAUUGUUGGUGCUGAAGAUGGUCUUGGUGUUGAGUGCUUGAAGGGUUCUGGUUUGAUUGCUGGUGCUACUUCAAGAGCUUAUGAGGACAUUUUCACUAUUACUUUGGUGACUUGUCGUUCAGUUGGUAUUGGUGCUUAUUUGGUUCGUCUUGGCCAACGUGCUAUUCAAAUCGAAGGACAACCUAUCAUCCUCACCGGUGCCCCCGCCAUCAACAAGCUUCUCGGUCGUGAAGUUUAUACCUCUAACUUACAACUUGGUGGUACUCAAAUCAUGUACAAGAAUGGUGUCUCUCACAUGACUGCCAAUGAUGACUUCGAGGGUGUUUCCAAGAUCGUUGAGUGGAUGGCUUAUGUCCCAGACAAGAGAAACAGUCCUUUGCCAAUAGGUCCUGCUGCUGACUCCUGGGACCGCGAUAUUGUCUACACUCCACCUGAGAAGCAAGCUUACGAUGUUAGAAACCUCAUCGCCGGUAAGGAAGAUGACGAAGGCUUCAUGUCCGGUCUCUUCGACAAGGACUCUUUCGUUGAAUCCCUUGCAGGCUGGGCAAAGACUGUUGUGGUUGGUCGUGCUCGUCUUGGUGGUAUCCCUAUGGGUGUCAUCGCCGUCGAAACUCGCUCAGUUGAAAACAUCACACCUGCCGAUCCCGCAAACCCCGAUUCGACCGAACAAAUCACAAACGAAGCCGGUGGUGUCUGGUAUCCUAACUCCGCAUUCAAGACCGCUCAAGCUAUCAAGGAUUUCAACAAUGGUGAACAAUUGCCGUUGAUGAUCUUGGCCAACUGGAGAGGUUUCUCUGGUGGUCAGCGUGAUAUGUAUAACGAAGUACUCAAGUAUGGAAGUUAUAUUGUUGAUGCUUUGGUCAAAUACGAGCAGCCAAUCUUCGUUUACAUUCCACCAUUCGGUGAGCUCCGAGGUGGUUCUUGGGUCGUCGUUGAUCCAACCAUCAACCCAGAGUACAUGGAAAUGUAUGCUGAUGAAGAUUCUCGUGGUGGUGUGUUGGAACCCGAAGGUAUUGUCAACAUUAAAUACCGCAAGGACAAGCAAUUGGAGACCAUGGCCCGUCUCGACCCAGAAUACGCCGAGCUCAAGAAACAGUUACUGGACACCUCCCUUGGACAAGAGAAGUUGGCUGAGGUCAAGUUUAAGGCUGAGCAAAGGGAGAAGGCAUUACUUCCUGUCUACACUCAAGUCUCACUUCAAUUCGCUGAUCUCCACGAUCGUGCUGGACGUAUGAAGGCAAAGGGUGUCAUCAGAGACUCGUUGAGAUGGAGAGAGGCUAGAAGAUUCUUCUACUGGCGUGUACGAAGACGUGUCAAUGAGGAGUAUAUCCUCAAGCGCAUGUUGUCCGCUAACUCGAAAUCGCCAACUGGUACCAGACCGGAGAACUUGAGAAAGCUCGCAGCCUGGACCGCCAUUCCAGGAUUCGAAACGGAUGAUAAGAGCGUAGCCAUGUGGUACGAGGAGAACAGAAAGGUGGUCCACGAAAAGGUUGAACACAUGAAGGUGGAGGGUGUGGCCGCCGAGGUCUCAGCUCUGCUCAGAUCUAACGGAUCAAGUGCUAAAACAGGAUUGAGUGGCGGUGCUAUGGCUGGUAUUAGACAGGUCUUGUCUAUGUUACCGAUUGAAGAGAGAGAGGAGGCAUUGAAGUAUUUGGGAAAAUCGUAG